AUGUCAGAUGCCGCUCUGGCAUACCAUGAGCCCGAUAUUGUCACGAUCCUGAAACAGUCAUCCUUUCUGCUGGUCCUGAACAUUCUGGGUUUCAUCCUCGACCAUGUUUUCUAUUGUGGACUUGUAGGACAAGUUCUCAUAGGUAUGGCCUGGGGUGCGCCCGGCGCGAAGAUUUUACCACAGCCGUUCCAAGAAACAGUGACUCAAUUGGGAUACCUGGGUCUCAUUAUGAUCGUCUUCGAGGGAGGUCUUGCAGCCUCGGCCAGAUCCCUUGGGAGGUCCGUGCUGCUGUCAAUUUCUGUGGCGCUGACCGGCAUCGCAGUACCAAUGGCACUGUCGUUUUCUCUAAUGGGCAUCUCGAAAGCUACAAGACUGCAAAGUUUCGCGGCUGGUGCUGCUCUUUGUUCAACAAGUCUCGGCACCACCUUCAGCCUGCUCAAGACGACUGGUCUCACCACUAGCCGGUUGGGCACUGUCUUGACCAGUGCUGCUAUGCUGGAUGAUGUUGUCGGACUGGCUCUCGUUGAGGUCAUUUCGAGUCUAGGGACCGGCCGCGCUUCCCUUGCUGCCACAACAGUCAUACGGCCGGUUCUUGUGUCUCUUGCAUUUGCCAUCGUCUUACCAGUCGGUUGCAGGGUCCUUUUGAAGCCAGUGAUACUUCGGUCUUCCACCGCAUUAAGUCAGGCCGCCACGAGAUCUAGAUUUGACAGCUUAGGCUUCUCAUUGCAGCUCCGUUUCAUUUUCUCGACAGCCCUUCUGUUGGCUUUAGUUACCUCAGCGAGCUAUGCGGGCGCAUCAAACUUGUUCGCAGCGUAUCUGGCAGGAGCUAUGUCUUCGUGGGUGGACGAGGUUCGCGCUCAGGCCUGUGCCUCUCAUUCCGGUGACAUCGCUCACACUGAAGCAGAAGGCAGAGAAGGGAAAACAACCAUUACCACUGGCACUGGAGAAGGAGCCACCACCCCAGCUCAGGCAGCGAGUCACAACCCAGGGCUGUUUGAUGACACGACGGCACAGAUAGACCCAACGCUGCCGCAACAGCCCUCCAAGUCGUCUUGCGGGCUCAGGCCACCUCCCAACAACCAAGCGCAGUCCACGACCGUGCCAGCUGAUUUGCGCAGGAACCUGGACACAGAGAGUCGCACCAUGGAAAUGUAUAAGACAUACUAUGCUCCAGCCGUCGAUCGCGUAUUGAAGCCUUUCUUCUUCGCUUCAAUCGGCUUCUCUAUUCCAAUAUCGAAGAUGUUUCAAGGUCCCAUAAUCUGGCGAGGGUUAGUUUACGCAGGACUGAUGGCUAUUGGCAAGCUCUGUUGCGGACUAUGGCUCGUACGCUUCACGACACUUUCGUCUGGAUCACCGAAAACUGGCCCACGCGCCGUGGCCUCUCCGUCAGGACCCAUGGCCCCGAAGUCCAAGCAGAAGAAGACUCUUCUGCACAGACCCCUCCCACAACCAAGAUCUCUUUAUCCAGCAUCUAUCCUCGGCUGCGCAAUGGUGGCUCGAGGCGAAAUAGGCUUCCUCAUCUCCGCGCUCGCAGCGACCAACGGUAUCUUCACAAGCCAUGAUUCGACUACACAUGGAGAAGACGGCAGCGACUUGACUUCUGAGUUAUACCUGAUCGUCACGUGGGCGAUUCUUCUAUGCACUAUUGUUGGACCUUUAUCCCUAGGUUUCCUUGCAAGGAGAGUCAAGAGGCUCCAUCAUGAGAGAAAUCAGGGUGGCGAGCACGGAACGAACGAGGAUCCGUUGGGUAUCUGGGGCAUGAAGUAG